GACACAUCUGUCGUCAGCCGAUCGUUGAAAAACGUGGCGACGCACGUUUCGCGUAGCAGUGAAUACGACGAAUGUAAACACACUGCUGCCUGUCUCGUGCGCGCGGCAUUUCUUCCGAGUUCCGACGCGUGUCAAGCACCGUUUCCACGGCGGUAAACUCUAGCCAUGUCUAGUUAGAUGGACUAUGAUAGACUACGUUCGUCAGCUUUGACGUGGAAGGAUGUAGCGCGUGUCUUUAUGUCAGGUUAAAAUUGAUGACAUACGAAUCGUCGAUCCUAAAUUUUACAAUGAGCUCACAACCGAUUGUGGUGCCUGGUGGAGAGCAUCGUCUUCAGCCGGAGACUCAUUCUGUACCUGUUGGAAGUUCAGCGGACACCUACAAGACCAUGACACCGCCAAACGUCAGCAGAUCCUUAAGUCAACCAGCGGAUCGACAACUUCGAAGAAGCAGCGUCCAAGCACAGUCUACACCAUUACCUAAACUUCCAUCAACUGAGUCCCUUGCAACAAGCAUAAAUAUUACAGCCGGUGCACCUCCAGUUUCUCCAGGGAUCUCUGGUAUGGGCGAAGGUAGUCAAAAAAUGGAUAAUUCAUCAGACAAGUCAUUAGAUUCUUGCAAAUUAACGCGAAAGGAAUCGUAUAAGGCUCAAAGAAAGAAUUAUCGAAUGGAAAAAAAAAGAGUAGCCGAUGAACUUUUAAGUUCUUUCAAAGAUCCAACCGUUAUUGUUAUGAGUGAUUGGUUAAAAGUUCGUGGCACAUUGAAAAGUUGGACCAAGUUAUGGUGUAUUCUGAAACCUGGAUUAUUGCUGCUGUACAAAAGUCCAAAAACGAAGAGUAAUCAUUGGGUUGGAACGGUACUACUCAAUACAUGUCAAGUUAUAGAACGUCCGAGUAAAAAAGAUGGAUUUUGUUUUAAAUUAUUUCAUCCGUUGGAGCAAUCUAUAUGGGCUCCUCGAGGACCAGAAAAAGAAGCUAUUGGUGCUGUAGUACAACCUUUACCAACAUCUUACUUAAUCUUUCGAGCGCCAUCUCAAGCGGCAGGCAAAUGUUGGUUGGAUGCACUUGAAUUGUCGUUACGUUGUUCUUCGUUAAUAGUACGCUCGACAAGCGCAUUACCGCGUCCUUUACCACACGAUGCAACCACCACUCAUGAAACUCAAUGGAGCGAGGCUGAUUAUGAAAAGCACUUUGACGAUCACGACCUGGACGAUAUUAGUCAGCCAGAGAAUGGAGUAGUAGCUGAUGCUGAAAUCAGUGCCUCGGAUAGUGAAUCUGAAGCAUCAGCCAAAGAAGAUCAAUCGGAGCCAAUCACCGAAACACCAUACGUAGCUAAUGAAAAUGAAAUUCUUGGAACGGCUGGCGAAGUCGUUGCAGAACUACAAGAAGAACAAAAGUCUUUGAUAUGGUUCUUAAUGAAACAAGUUCGUCCUGGCAUGGAUCUGUCUAAAGUUGUAUUGCCGACUUUCAUUCUGGAAUCACGAUCGUUUCUGGAAAAACUGGCCGAUUCGUAUUAUCACGCCGAUUUAUUGUCUCAAGCAGUAUUGGAAGAUGAUGCAUUUACACGUAUGAAAGCUGUAGUGAAAUGGUAUUUAUCGGGAUUUUACAAAAAACCACAAGGCUUGAAAAAGCCAUAUAAUCCGCUUUUGGGCGAAACAUUUCGCUGUUAUUGGCAACAUUCUAAUGGUUCAAGAACAUUCUAUUUAGCCGAACAAUUAUCGCAUCAUCCACCUAUCUCAGGAUUUUAUGUGACAAAUCGUCAAGAUGGAUUUACUAUCAGCGCUACUAUUAUUGCAAAAUCUAAAUUUUAUGGAAAUUCGACUUCUGCAGUUUUGGAUGGUAUCGCUGUAUUGACGAUGUUGCCGAGAGGCGAAGAUUAUACAAUGACAAUUCCUUAUGCACAUUGCAAAGGCAUUCUUAUGGGGACAUUAUCUAUGGAACUCGGUGGAAAAGUGAACAUAAUAUGCGAGAAGACUGGCUAUCACACAGAAUUAGAAUUUAAACUUAAACCGUUUCUUGGCGGUGCGGAAUUAAUGAAUCAAGUUGUAGGACGAAUACGCCUAGGAAAGGAAACUUUGGCUACUAUUAUGGGAUAUUGGGAUGGAUUAAUUUUAAUAACGGAUAAACGGACAGGGCAAGAAAAUAUUUUUUUCAAUCCUACUCCAGAAAUACGCAAAAAAAGAUUGAAAAAAUAUACUGUUCCUUUGGAACAUCAGGGAGCAUGGGAAAGUGAAAAAUUGUGGUUGGCUGUUACACAAGCUAUUAAUAAGGACGACCAAGUUGCCGCUACUGACGCUAAAACUCGACUCGAAGAAGCACAAAGAGAACGCGCUAAAGAGCGAAAGAGACUAGGACAAGAAUGGAUUCCAAAAUACUUCGUUCAAGAUAUUAUAACUGGAAAUUGGGUUUAUCGACAUGCUGAUAUAAGACCAUGGGAUCCGAGAAAUGAUGUAGUACAAUAUGAAGAAAAUUAUGUAGUGCGCACAAAGACCAGGCAUAAAACACCUAUUAUGCGUACUGGUAGUAUUGUUUCUACUGAACCCCAAUCACAGAUUCCAUUAUUACAAGCUGAAUCACGUUCCUCCUUAUCAGUACUCAAAUCUUCUAAGAGGCAGCUAUCAAAUAAUAUGCCUUUAACAGAGGCUCAUGAUUCUGGAAGUUCAUCUGCGGAAGCACAUACGGAUUCUAGUCAAUCGUUAGGAAAAAGAAAACGUUCAACCACUAGGUUAAUUGACAUAAUGAAACAAGUUGAGCAUCAAAUGAUAGAACAUGGUGAGAAAUUGAAUCGUAUACAGCAGAUUGUAGAACAAGUUGUAAGAAAGCAAAGAGAAUCUGGUGAACAGCAUCACAACAUAAAUAUAUUCAAGAGUUUCGUGGAUACUAUACUUAUUAUUAUUAUCGUUUUUUCCGUGCAAUAUUUUUUAAACAUAUGGCAUAAUGAUCCAACUAAAAAUUGAAGGAUUUUAAUAAGAUGGAAGUGAUUCCGAUAACUCCGCAGAUGCUACGUACAAUCAUAAAAGAAUUACAAAAACGUCAA